UCGAGCCUAGCUGUAUGAAAUAUGAGGAAACGACUACACUGAUACUUACGUGUUAAUUCCAACAUGGCAGCCUCCGUGCAAGCUUUGCGACGGAGACGUCAGCCACAAGAAAACUCCGAUAAAUCUAACUAUGCAUCAAGACAUUUAACUGUAGAAAAUUGGAAUUCAACCUUUGGAUAUUACGAAUCUUUUUUCGUUUGGUUUUUGAUAUUCGGAUUGUAUAUUGGUGUGUUUUUAUUUGUGUGUUUGAGGUUCCAUCAGUUCCCCGAACCUCGUAUCGCAGACGACAAACCAUUGGAAGGAGUAUUUUAUGAAAAUCUAGCACGUCGACAUCUAGAAACUGUGACAAGCUUUGGACAGCGACCAGCCGGUAGUGAAGCAAAUGAACUACAUACCAAAAACUAUAUUUUAAAAGAAUUGUUGGCGUUUAAAGACCAUCUGCACGAAUCAAAGGAGAUGUUGAUAGAUGUACAGAACACGAGUGGAUCUUUUCAUCUGUUCUUUAUCAACACAGACUUUUAUAGUGUGUACAAGAACCUUAAGAACGUUGUAGUGAGGCUAGGGCCAGUUUCUGGAGCUACACACAGCGUGUUGAUGAACUGUCACUAUGACACGAUGGUGGAUGCUAUAGGUGCAGGCGAUGAUAUGUCAAGCUGUGCGGUCAUGCUUGAAAUUGCACGUUCACUAUCCCAGUCCAGCAAGCCAUUGAUGCAUAACAUUAUAUUCUUAUUCAACGGAGCGGAGGAAAACCUUUUACAGGCUAGUCAUGGAUUUAUCACCAAACACCACUGGGCCAAGAGUAUUAAAGCUUUCAUUAACCUGGACUCGGCUGGAGCUGGUGGCUGGGAAAUUGUCUUCCAAACAGGUCCACAGCACCCCUGGCUGGUCAAAGUGUAUUUAGAGGCGGCUGUGUACCCGAGUGCUUCUGUAAUAAACCAGGAGGUCUUUGAGCUAGGUCUUGUCCCGGCGGACACAGACUACCGCAUCUUCAGGGAUUACGGCAAGAUUCCUGGUUUGGAUAUUGCAUACAUUUCUAAUGGCUAUGUCUACCACACUAUGAAUGAUGUUCCUCAGGCCAUUCCUCCUGGGUGUUUACAGAGAGCAGGUGAGAACUUGUUGAGCAUUGUCCAGGCUCUGGCCACCGAUCCUAAACUAGAUGACCCUGGGGACGAUCGCCAUGGUAACAUGGUGUUCUAUGACCUGGUUGGACUGGUAGUGGUCCACUACCCGAAGAGGAUUGGUUCUAUACUCAACUGUAUCAUUUCCUGCUGCACCUUCAUCUUACUGUGGCGGAAGGCUACUGCCGGUCGUGCCCACACAGGAUUUCAGCAUGCAAAGCAGGAAAAUGGUUUUGCGGAAAAUGAUACACAUUAUAGGAGAGCAGAGAGAACACAAGCAUCACAAGCUUCUAUGAAGACCUCUGUUGGUGGUUUUACACAUUUGAAGAACAUGCUUGCUGGGUUUAUGGCAACUACAGCCACUUGGAUUGUGUGUGUACUGGUUGUGGUGGUGGGUGUGGCCCUGCCCCUCAGUCUUUGUGGCAGGUCGAUGUUCUGGUACACCAACACCUCCACCAUGUGGUUUCUGUUUGUCAUGCCUGGCUUUUUCAGCAUCGUCAGCAUGCAGCUCUUCCUCAAACCCAGGCUCUUCAAGGGUCUGGAUCCUAUUUAUGUGGAGAGACUCAUGUUUGACACUGUACUGUGUGAGCUGGCAGUGGCUAACCUGAUCCUGACCUACCUGGGUCUGGGCAUGGCGUACCUUGUGAUGUUGUGGGUACUGUUCCCCCUGUUGCUGCGCGAGUGUGUCACACAGGUGACCAGUCUACACUGGCGAGAUAACAAGAAGACAAUGUUGAUGUUACACCUGGGUGGGAUGUUGUUGCCUCUGUUGUCCUCAAUGUACAUCAUCUACAUGUUCCUUAUCAUCAUUAUUCCUACCAUGAGCCGAGUCGGGACCACAAUCAACCCAGAUCUGGCCUUGGCUACUCUCGUCACACUGUUCUUACUAUCUACCUGUCAGUACCUGUUUGGCCUGAUGUAUGUCUGUGAUAUGAGACUCAUUCUGAGGACCGUUGGCACUUUAUUUGUCCUGGGCUUACUAGUUGUUGUAUUUACAUCUGUGGGAUUUCCCUUCAGUGGUGACAGAGACUCUCCGUCCCCUCAGAGAUUUUCACAUGUGCACAUGAACAGAAAAAAUUACAAUCUGAAAGGAGAGCUGGUUCAUUCUGACAGCGGUUUGUGGUACUUGCCCCAAGACUUCCGCAGGGACGAGCUGAUUCAGGAGCACUUCCCAGUGUAUAAGACGGCCAGCGCAGAUUUGAGAGGGAAAGGACCAUACUUCGGUCUGCCCUACUUUAUACCCAUACUACAUCUGCUAAAUCCCAAGGACAGUAAGUACAUACCAACACCUGCCAUCGACCCUCAGCCAAAGGUGGUGUCCGCUCUGGUCAGCAAACACUCCGUAUCCCCAGAUAUUCUCCGACUCAAUUUUGAAGUCACAGGUCCUGACCACAUGACGGUGUAUAUCUGCCCCCAGUCUGACCUGACCCUGGUGGGCUGGUCCAUACUGCCAGGCACACCGCUGCCUGUCUAUACCUUCCCGGAGAUGAACGAGACAUCCUACUUCGUGUACUAUGGUCACGGCGAGACUCCACACGAACCCUGGAAAUUCUUCAUAGAUAUACAGACAACGACUGGACGAUGGCCAGAGGACCAGCAUGUGGUAGACAUGGCCUUCAGUGGCUAUUACCUCCACGGUAGACACAAGACCACCCCAGAACUGACGGAGCACCAACGAAACAUCCCUCCGUGGCUGAUACCAAUCUCAUUCACAGCCACCUAUGCAAGUUACCAGUUUUAAAACCUUGAAUGACCACCAAACCCGCAGGGCACCUGGAGGAAUUUCCCACCGCGGUGUCUUAUCAGUAACAAAUACUCAGUACUAACAUUGCCAGUAGGAAUCUGUAAUGACAACUGGCAAGUUUAAAUUAAAUAGGACUUCAAAUAAGGAAUUUUACAUCAUAUUUACUAACACAUGUAUUGCCUUUAUAAGCAUGAAGCGAUAAAAAAGAGAGAAAUUUUAGAGUUUUUGAUGACCUUAAUCUUUAAAAGGAAAAAGGAGAAAUUUCCAUUGUAUUGUCAACCUCAUAAGUAUAAACUAGCAACUGAAAACAACUAUUGUGGUAGAUUCUUCAUUUCAUGUAAUCUUCGUGAAUACAUUCAGUUGGUUGUAUUAUGCUGAAGUUAAAACAUCUUCUGGCAUUCAACUCCUGGUAGCCAGAAUUUGACAAGUCCCCAAACGGUUUUCAGCAUAGGAAUGCACGUAAAAUUGAAGGGAUACUUUCUGAGUGCCAAAUGAAGCUACUGCUACUACAGGGCUAUUGAUGAUAUUAGUUGUGUGUGUGUAUACUAUUGAAUGGGUAGUUAUACCAGCGUCUUCUAUAUUGUGGGUUGUACUUAGUAUUGACAAAUCAAAACUUGAUAUUUUGUAGUUUGUGAAAGCGGAGGUUUUAAUUGUAGAGUGCAUGUGGUCAUGUGGUUUGUAUCGUUGUUUUAUUGUGUAAGGAAGUAAUAUAUACCAUUCUACCACAAUACGCUGUGUUAUUCCACUCUCAGAUUAUUGUAUAAACAUGCAGAGUGUUGAAUAAAUGUGAGUUAUACACCACACGUGGUAUAUGACCUACCGUAGUUUUGAUUGGUCGAGAAGAUGAACCUUGACCUGGCAACUAUUUUCACAUGCUUUUUUGUCGCAUGCUGUCAACAUCCGGCAAAUGUAAAUGGUGAGUUUUGUGAGGUUAUGCAAUGGGAAAAGGGGGUUAUUAAGGCAAUACAAAAAGAGGAUGAUGCUUAAAGAUUUGAUCGCUAGUUUCAA